AAUUAUGUUUAAUAAAACAAACAUGGCGACGCGUUUAUAACUCAUUAACGAUUUUUAUUUGAUAGUUUGAGUCAUAAUCCCUCCUUUUGUUGCAGACGACUGUUUUAAAAUCAUUUCACGAUUCGCCUCGACCAUAGCUAAACCCGUGAAUUUUAUUUUUUAAAUUAAUAACGGAUAUCGAUGUUUGAGUGACAUUUUCUAGCUUGAUGGACGUAUGUAGGCACUUUUGACAGUUAGCAUAGUACCAACGGCCGCUAACUGCCCGAACUCUUUUGAAAACAUGUUAACGAAAGAGUUUGCGUAGAGUUUAAAGUACAGAGUGUUUUCGGAUGUCAAGUUGGUGAAACUAUCUCUGUCUGAAAAUGUUUUCGUCUGUCUGGAAUUUUAUUAAACGUCACAAAAGGAAAUUCAUUUUCACUGGAGCAGUAGUUGGAGGAGUGUACCUCCUUGGUAAAUAUGCCCAGAUGAAGAUUAAGGAAAUCCAGGAGAAGGAGGCGACGGAGUACAUAGCCCAGGCGAGGAGGCAGUUCCACUUUGAGAGCAACCAGAGGACCUGCAACAUGACCGUGCUGUCCAUGCUGCCCCCCCUUAAAGAGGCCAUCGUCACCCAUCUGAACUCAGAGAAUCUCACUGCGCUUCUGAAGACCAAACCAGCUAAUAAGCUGGAGAUCUGGGAAGAUUUGAAGAUCAUAAGCUUUACUCGCACUAUCGUGGCCGUCUACAGCACCUGCAUGCUGGUCGUUCUCCUGAGGGUCCAGCUCAAUAUCAUUGGGGGGUACCUGUACCUGGAUAAUUCUGCUGGGAAGAGUGCAAUGACUCCUCUGGCUCCUCCGGACGUCCAGCAGCAGUACCUGUCCAGCAUCCAGCAUCUGCUCGGAGAUGGUCUGACCGAGCUGAUGUCGGUCAUUAAGAAGGCGGUACAGAACUCCCUUGGGAGCGUGUCUCUGAAGCAGAGCCUGUCCCUGCUGGAGCUGGAGCAGCAGCUGAGCUGGAUCCGGGCCGAGGUGGAGGCCGCCUCUGACCGCUCGCUGUCCUGGUACCUGCUGGCCAACGGGGAGGACGCUCUGGCCGACCAGGCGUGCGGGCUAACGGAAAAGGACGUCAUGACCAUCCGCCUGCUGAACGAGACCCGGGACAUGCUGGACAGUCCAGACUUCAGCACCGUUCUCAACGUCUGUCUGAACCGGGGCUUCUCUCGGCUCCUGGACAACCUGGCCGAGUUCUUCCGCCCGCCCGCCGGCGACUCUACACCCAGCUCAGCACCUGACAGUCUGCCUGCCGUCAGUCUGCCGCUGGCAAAGAUCAUCCCCAUCGUCAACGGUCAGAUCAACACCAUCUGCAGCGAGACGCCCAGCCACUUUGUGCAGGACCUGCUGAUGAACGACCAGGUGAAGGAGUUCGCCGCCAACGUCUACGAGAGCUUCAGCACGCCACAGGGGCUGCAGAAGUAACCAUCCGGACGCACCUGGCCAGGUGGUGGAGGAGGAGGAGGAGGAGCCAAUCAGAAACGGCGUUAGAAGCCCCUCCUUCUCCGGGGAAACGCACCAGAUGCCUCCAGAUGUUUUACCUCUGGGGGGGAAGACUCGGGAGGAACAUGGCCUCAAAAGAAGCGGAAGCCGGGCUAC